AUGAGACAUUUUGGAGAGCUUGGGAGAGGUUCAAGGGAUACACAAGUCAAUGUCCUCACCAUGGAUUCAACAAUGAGUCAUUUAUCCAUACUCUUUAUAGAGGAUGUUUGGCAAGGCAUAAGGGAGAUGUUAGACACAGCCAGCAAUGGGAACUUCCUCAAUCAGGAUGUGGAAGAUGGCUGGCAACUAGUGGAGAACAUCGCCCUCUCAACAGAAAGAUAUGGAGACAAUUAUGAUAGCACUGACUGGAGCUCGACCGCUACUCGAUCGAGCUGGAGCCAGAUGAGAAAAGACUUGCACUCUCCAUUCGAAGUUGACAAACUGAUCCUAGCCCAAUUCCCUGCCCAAGCAUGUCAGCUCUAUGUCUCUGAACAAACAGGCUAUCAAACAGGAAGGGGAGGAGCAACAACAUACAAGCACCCCUCAACCACAAGGAAAACCAUCUAUGGUCACACAUUUUACCAGGCACCUGCGGCUUACAGACUCAAUCCACACAGAUCCAACCAGCAAGGGCACCUCCAAGUUUCCCACCAGGAUUCCCACCAAUGCCAUACCCAACCACAGAGCCAAGAUUGGGAUAUGAAAGAUAUGCUCCAACAACUCCUUCAAGGGCAAGCCAAAGGUUCACUGAAAUGA